UUUAGAAUAAGUCCAAUAUUUCUAUGAUCAAACAUUUAGCAGUCUUCUUCUUGAAUACUAUAUGGCUCAUAACAAGAUUUCACUAGAUAUGGAUCCCGGAAUAUGGAGCCAGCUACCGGAGGAACUCCUCGAGAGGGUGCUGUCGUUUCUACCACUAAAAACUUUCUUGAAUCUCAGAUCAACUUGUAGAAAUUUCAAUUCUAUCCUUUUCUCCCCUUGCUUCAUUUCAAAACAUUCACCUUCGUCUUCUUCGCCUUUCUCGUCUUUCAUCCUCCUUUCACACCCACAGUUUCUCCAAAAGUGUCCUCUCUUCAAUACUGUAUUGAACUCCUGGUGCGAUAUGUCACUCUCCUUGCCUCCCAUGCUUUCAUGUCCACCUUCUUCAAAUCUUCUGUCCAGUUCCAAUGGCCUCCUCUGUUUUUCUAUCCCCAGAUCGUCUUGUUUCAUUGUAUGCAACCUUCUGGCGAGAUCCAUACGACGAAUAAAGUUCCCCACAUGUCCAGUUGACUUUGAGUUUCUUACUUUAGUUUCAACAUCAAAUGGUUACAAAUUAUUCAUGCUAUCUUCUUUUGGAUCAUCCACCAUUCACGCCCUUGUAUACGACUCCGUGCUUCGUUCCUGGCUACAAUUCGAUGCGUGCAAUCAAAUUUUGAGCCAUAGCUAUUAUCAGAAGGGUACGUUUUAUGACGGAUGCUUGUAUUUUACCACUCCUGAGCCUUUUAAUGUUGUGUGCUUAGAUUUUGAUACUGGGAAGUGGGAGAGAUCAAGAAUUGAGUUGCCGGGAAGCCUUACAUUUGUUCGACUAGCAAGCGAUGAGGAUCGGAAGUUGUAUUUGAUUGGAGGAGUUGGGCAGAGUGGGAUCUCAAGAAGUAUAAAGUUGUGGGAAUUGGGAGAAAAUGGAGAGAAUUGGGUGGAGAUUGAAACAUUGCCUGAGAUGAUAUGCAGAAAAUUUGUGUCUGUUUGUUACCAUAACUAUGAACAUGUUUAUUGUUUUUGGCACCAAGGAUUGAUUUGUGUUUGUUGUUAUACAUGGCCUGAGAUUUUGUACUACAUGGUGUGUAGGAGAACUUGGCAUUGGUUGCCAAAGUGCCCUUCAUUGCCUGAUAAAUGGAGCUGCGGUUUCCGAUGGUUUCCCUUUAAGCCCGAGCUAUAUGCCAUUGUUUAAUAAGAAAAACUUUAGCGAGGCGAUUCGCAUUGUCCUGCGUGGUGUGACCGUCCAAUGGGAGCCCUCACCUCAUCGGGUGGCCCACCCUUAUCCAAUGAGGUAAGGCCACAUCAUGACUUGAUUUUUCCACCUUAAGUCCCGAGGUGGCCCUACCUCAUUGGGCAAGGAUGGGCCAUCCAAUGAGGUGGGGCUUCCCAUUAGAUGGUAGCACAACGUAGGAUGGUACAAUCGUUUCACCAAAAUUUUUCUCCUGUUUAAUAGUUAGAGGUGUCAAGAAGAUGUAUUGGGCCUCUACUAGAAAGCAUUUACUAUUCCUUUUCUGCAAUUCUAUGCAAUAGUUUCUUUUACUAGGUCGGUCUUUCGAUACAUUUUUACACCUUUAAUAAUAUUAUUGAUCACUAGAUUCGCAUAUCUUGUAUGUUUGUGGAUUUGUUUCUUAUCACCGAUGUUAAUAUU